AUGAAGGUACUGGGGACUUUCAUAACAGAGUGGGAUGAGGGGAAAGCUAAUGCCGACAUAAUUCUCUCAACACGAGAGUCUGCUCAAAUGUAUGCUGAACGCUUGACUGAGCUUGCUGUGGCUUUGGGCUUUGAUGGGUGGCUGGUCAAUAUGGAGAUUAAAUUGGAUAAAGGGCAAAUCCCUAAUUUGAAAGUAUUUGUCAGCCAUUUGACCCAGACCAUGCACUCUGCAAUGCCUGGAUCUUUAGUCAUAUGGUAUGAUGCUGUUACCAUUGAUGGUGAUCUAAACUGGCAAAACCAGUUAAAUGACCGUAAUAAGCCUUUCUUUGACAUAUCUGAUGGCAUAUUUGUGAAUUAUACGUGGCUGGAAGAUUAUCCUAAGCUCUCAGCUGCUGUUGCUGGUGACAGAAAGUUUGAUGUCUACAUGGGUAUCGAUGUUUUUGGAAGGGGCACAUAUGGUGGUGGACAGUGGACAACGAAUGUUGCUCUUGAUGUAAUUAAGAAAGAUGAUGUGUCUGCCGCCAUAUUUGCUCCUGGAUGGGUCUACGAGACGAAACAACCACCUGAUUUUGAGAGUGCUCAAAAUCGUUGGUGGGGCCUUGUUGAAAAAUCAUGGGGAAUAGUGCAGAACUACCCCAAAGCACUUCCAUUCUAUUCAAAUUUUGAUCAGGGUCAUGGUUACCAUAUCUCUAUUAAUGGAGGGGAAAUAUCGGUUGAUCCUUGGAACAACAUUUCUUGCCAAAGUUUGCAGCCUUUCCUUGAGGUUCCUGGAGAUUCUGUGCCAGACAAGAUUCAAGUUUUGGUCAAUUUUAAGGAAGCAUCAUAUAAUGGUGGAGGGAACAUCACAUUUAAAGGAACUCUGGAAGGCAAUGCUUAUUUCACAACAAAGCUCUUUCAGGGAGAGCUUCCUUUGGGGGAUUUACCUGUCCACUUUAUAUAUUCUGUAAAAACAGAAGGGAACUCCAUGUUAGGCCUUUAUCUUCAGUUCUCUUUUGGCCUUAAUGGGAGAAAAACAGUUCUUCUAGCAUCCAGUGGAAAUACCUUGCUUACCAUGAACCAGUUUUCAAGCCAAUUCAGUGAUGUCAUUAUGCCACAUCGAGUCAUGAAUCAAGAAAAGGCACCAGGAUGGGUCAUACAAGAGAGCAGCAUUGCAAUGAAUGGGUAUGUAUUAACAGAAAUACAUGCUGUAUGCUACAAGGCAAAGCCUGGUGUUACUGAACUUAGAUUAGAAUCUGAUUCAGUUGGUGAAAAUAACACCACAGCUCGUGGUCCAUCAGAAUAUUAUGCAGUGCUCGGUAGUCUCACAGUUAAAACUUCUUCACCUAACUCUGAUUUCCCUCCAUCAAGUCUUUGGCUAGUUGAGGGUCAAGAUAUAGAGUGGACAUCAGGUUCUCAGGGGUCCAAGACCCUGAGUGUUAAGGUGGUUUGGAAGUCAAAACAUGGAAAUGCUUCUCUCUUCCCGAAUUACAAUAUUUAUGUCGAGAAAUUAGCAAAUCAAUCAGUUGCAAACCUUGGUGGAGUGGUUGAUGGAGUGCAGGAGUAUAUUGGAGUGGCACUAGUUCAAGCCUUUUACGUCUCUGACCUCGUGGUUCCUUCUGGCACUUCUAGUCUCAAAUUCAUCAUCCAAGUUUGCGCUUCUGAUGGCACGUGCCAGAAGUUAGAUGAUUCUCCAUUUCUUCAGCUGCAUGUUGAAGGUUCGUAAACUAUUUACCUUUUUUGUUUCCCUUCUGAGGGUGUUUAAUUUAUGCUGCUUUUAUCUGCAGAUCUUGUACCAUGAUAAUAAGAAUAGCAAUAAAAUUUUCUUUUCGUUUUGUUAUUUGCCAAGCUGAAUUUUAUUGCUAAUUUAUGUGUUUGUACCGAUGAAUGUAGUUAGUAUACUUGCAGCCAUUGAACUGUUCUCACUAUGUACUCUUUAUAGUUCAUAUGGACUUGGCUUGACAAUUGGAUAUAUUAAUUGGG